CAGGUCUCAGCCAACUGGAGCAAGACAAAAACAUUUAUGCACAACAAUACUUGGAUCAAGAUGAGCACGCGACACACCCGGUUGUGGCGCCCGCGCUACGAUGCCGAUCGCUCGUGCCAAGUACCUGCUUGCGACAUGGUCGUGAGGCCGUGAUCCUGAGAUCGGGGCAGAGCACUCCAUCCUUCUCAGAGGAGUCGCUGCGCCUGCUUUGCCUCUGUUCCUUCCCUCUGACCGGUCGUUUCUGCCUUGCAAAGCCUUCUGUUGCAUCGUUCCCAAUAUUACCAUCUUCAUCGUCCAGACUUUCUAUACUGAUUCGUUGUAUAUCAUUUGGUACCUUCAUCCGUUAGUCAGAGAGCUGUACAUUUCGUACUCUUCUCUUGCUCUACUACCCACGCGGUGAUCUUACGAGAACACGAACGAAUACAUAUCGUUACAGCCACGAACCAGAGGCUGCUCCGAACAUUACUAUCGUCCUGGAUGACUUCGAUACCAUCCGCUUGAAUAGGCCGCAGAGUAAAGACUUGGGAGGAAGAAGGAGAUCGGGGAGUUGGAUGAAGAGUUGGAUCAUAGAAGGCGCUAUAUUCCAGCAUGGCAGGAGAAGCAGUUGCAGGCUCUCUGCCUCACGACUUGACGGAAGCCACCAGGAAGUUGACGGAAGGAGUCUUUGACGACUAUGUGGAGUGGACGGCGAAGCCAGAGAUCAAGCUUCCCAACUGGGGUGAAGCAGUCAUGUUCGUGACCAUCCUGUUCGGUGGCAUGAUCCUGACCCGGCGAAGAGAUUUCUCGAUAUUCGGACGCAAUCGAAGGAAAGGUGGGGGUUAUAAAUCCAUCCUGGACAGAUCGCCGAGUUCCUCCUCCCUGGAUGAAGAGUUUGAAUUCGACAGCGGGAACGAAGACGACGAGAAUGCGUGGCAGUCCUCCUCAGAGUACCUCUACGGCCCCGAGAAACAGAUCCCAAAGACGCGCUCUUGCUGCGGCCUCUGGCAAAUCACCACACCCAACACCUCCCGCUUCCAGAACCACAUCCACUCCCGCCUCUUCCAAAAAUUCCCCUUCCUCGUCGAAAUGCUCUACUGGGUCCUCAACUACCUCUUCUACCGCAUGACAACAAUCCUCUCCAACAAAAUCUUCGCCGGCCAAGGAAUCUGGACCGCAGCCCAAUCCCACGCCAUCACUCUCCUCUCCUUCGAGCACCUCAGCAUUUUCCGCUACCUCUUCUUGAUCCGAGAACUCGACAUCCAACAAUGGUUCAUGCACGGCCACCAAGACCUCUUAACCUUUCUUGAUCGAUUCUAUUCUCUCAUCCAUAUCCCCGGCUCCAUGGCUUUCAUCGUCUGGUACUAUUACGUCGCACCCUCACAUGCCACUUUUGCGACUGUGAGAAGGACGAUGACGUUGACGAAUUUUAUGGCUUUUGCGACUUUUACUGUUUAUCCCAUGAUGCCUCCGAGACUUUUACCCAAGGAAUUCGGAUUUCUGGAUACGGUUCAUAUGGAAUCCGCUGCUUCUCUUUGGCAAACUGGGAAACAUGUCAAUUCUCUCGCUGCGAUGCCGAGUAUGCAUUUUGGGUACUCGUUCGUUAUUGGUAGUACUUUGAUCUACCAUUCUGGAGUUUUCCGUCGACGGUUUGAGAAGUUUGAAUCGAGGAAGAAUGGGUUUUGGAAAGUGUUUUAUUGCAUUCUGGGAGUUGGAUAUCCUUCGAUGAUUCUGAUCACGAUUCUGGCGACGGCGAAUCAUUAUUGGAUGGAUGCGUUUGUGGCUUUUGUGUAUUGUUUGAUAGCGUUUGCGUGCAAUAAGGUGUUUUAUGUGUUUUUGCCGCUGGAGGAUUGGUUUUUGUGGUGUAUUAGGGCGGCUAAACCGAGGCCGAGUACGGGGGAGAGGUAUCAUGCGAGAGGAGGGAAGAUAUAGAGGUUUUGUAGUGAAGAAAUCGUCAUCUUUGCUAUGGUGUGUGAAGGUUGUGCGUGAGAGAUGUUUCCAGUUGUUGGCUUUUGUCGUCGCGUUGUGGAGUGAGAGAUAUACGCAAGGAUCCUGGAUAACAUGCAGCGACUGCGAAGUCG